GCGGGGAGCAGGGCGUGGGGCUCUGGGCUCCGGCGGGGCAGAAGCGGAAACCCGAGCCUCCUGCGCAAAGCUUGCCGCGCCGCCCCCGAGUCGCAGCCAACUCGCCUCCCUCCACUCCGACCCGGCAAAAAUGUCCAGCCCUACAGAGACUGAGCGGUGCAUCGAGUCUCUGAUUGCUGUUUUCCAAAAGUAUGCUGGAAAGGAUGGUAACAGCUGCAAACUCUCCAAAACCGAGUUCCUAACCUUCAUGAAUACAGAACUGGCGGCCUUCGCAAAGAACCAGAAGGACCCUGGUGUCCUUGACCGCAUGAUGAAGAAACUGGACCUCAACUGUGAUGGGCAGCUAGAUUUCCAAGAAUUUCUCAAUCUUAUUGGAGGGAUGGCUAUAGCUUGCCAUGACUCCUUUAUCAUGUCUGCCCGUUUCCAGAAGUAAAUCUAAGGAGCGAGCCCUUGGGCCUGGCAUCCAGAUCACCCCUUUCCUUCCAGCCUCCCAAUCAUCACCUACUCCUCACACCCUAUGUACCCCAAGCCCGGCAUACCUGCCACCCCUUGCAGGCCACUCCUGCUGGCAGUAAUAAAACUAUAUCAUUUUUCUUUUUAAAGCAC